GAGAAAACGGCGCACGUGCGGGGCUCUGCGGCCCAGGUCAGAUCCCGAAAAAUCGUGCAAUCAUGGCCUGACGUCUAGUUACGAGUAUUCCCGAGAAGUCGCGAGUUGGCGUCACCUAGACAGAGACUUGUCUGCAUUUCGAGUUGCGCAAACCACGACCGGCGUUGGCCACUGCCCUGGAGCCUCAAAGGCAAGUUAGAAUAUAUUAGACUCGACUUCCUCGCUCGUGCUGGGUGGGUUUUUGUUCCUCCCAGUCAUCAUCAUCACGCCAUUGGCAGCUCAUCUAGCCGCGGCACCUUCCAUCUCUUUCUCCAUCACUGACAUCAUCAGCUCAUCAGCCUUGCGAAGCACCACAAAUCUCAACACAACGCAAAGGACACAGUCAUAACCGCCAAGGCAACACUUAGCUGGACCUAUCCCAGGCCUGCAAUAGCACAAUCGCAACACACAACCCACCUCGCCCCUGUCGUAAACCCGCGCGCGACGACCCCCUCACCCCCUACUUCACCUAGUCUCGGGCGCACAAAGGGUCCCAAAACAGCAAUCAUGAAGAUCAUCAGCAAGGAGGAGGAGGACGCCCACUACAAGGCCACGGUCAAGGGCGGCCUGAUCGGCGGCGCGGCCGGGCUGGCGGUCGGGCUGGCGGGCGUCAUGGCGGCGUCGAGGCGCUACGCCGGCUUCCGCGUGCUGACGCUCCCCUUCCGCUCCUUCCUCGUGACCUCGGCCGGCACCUUCGCCGCCAUCACCAUGGCGGAGCGCGAGUCCAUCGCCUUCGCCAAGGCCAAGGACCCCAUGAACUUUUACAAGGAUGAGGCCACGCGCACGCUCGAGGACAUACGCGCGCGCGAGGGCAGGACCAAGCGCGCCAUGGAGUGGGGGCGCGAGAACCGCUACACCAUCGUCUUCGCCUCGUGGCUCGCCGCCAUGGGCGUGGCGCUCGCCAUCGUCAACCGCAACCGCUACCUGACGUCGGCCCAGCGGCUGGUCCAGGCCCGCGUCUACGCCCAGGGCCUGACGCUGGCCGUCCUCAUCGCCACGGCCGCCUUCGAGACGGCCGACGCGAAGUCGGGCAAGGGCCGCUGGGAGACGGUCCUGGUUGUCGACCCCAACGACCCGGAGCACAAGCACCUGAUCGAGAAGAAGAUCCACAGGGAGGAGUACGAGGGCCAGGAUCUGUGGAUGGACAUGGUUGCUGCCGAGGAGCGCAGGCUAGAGGCCCAGAAGAACUCCCAGAAGAAGAGCGCUGCCUAGGAAGUGGCCAAGUCCCGGGUUACAGAGACCUCUACAAAGUGAAACUCCUUUGAGGCGGGAGAUCUCCUCUCUCCAAGCCGCAAUACUCUUUUCUGACACUUUUGGAAUGCCUUGACUGCCGAAGCAAAAAGAAUAUAGAGAGCAGGGCGUCCAAAGACGACAUGGCCUGGCAGGAUAAAACCACAGGCACCAAACUCGGAAUGUGGUAUGUAUAUAUUAAGCAAGCAUUGCUGGCGUUUGGGACGGGCUGUUUAUGGGUUGUAGACGGAUCGGCAGCAUUUCGUUGUAUGGCUUAUACAGUAUUUAUAAACUCUUUGAUACACAAGUGGGCGGUUAUCAUUACUUUGAAGUGGAAUCUAUACACAUCACUGGCUUUAAACGUAAUCAUCUGUUCCAAAUACGUC